AUGCCGGAUGAUAUUCUCAAGCUCAUCGUUGAGGAGGCAGACCAAGCAACACAGGUCGUCUGGUCUCAUACCGGCAGCGUAUCUCACGAUGUCUCGAGCGCCUUGAAAUUUACAUCGACGGAGAGGAUCUUCGGACUCACCGGUAAUGGACACGGACUCAGCCUCCACCUUCCAUUGUAA